AUGGAGCUUCUGGUGCUUCAUCCCGAAUAUGUCUCAGGAAUGUAUCCCAAAGUGGAAUCCCGAGCUCAUGGAUUACGAAAGCUUAUUGCUGGAAAAAUUCCAGUACGGCUUUCCUUGCCGCCGUUGUUAAAACUAUAUCCUGCUGCUGUUGAAGCUGGGGAUAAAAGCUUAAAAGUUGUGUUUGAUAUGUUGGCAACAUUUAUUGGUGCAAUGGACAGAUCAUCUAUCGGGGCAUUCCAUGGAAAGAUUUUUGACUUUUGCCUGGUUGCUCUUGAUCUUCGCCGUCAAAGUCCUCGUUCAGUUCAAAACAUUGAUUUAGUGGAAAAAGGUGUGAUGAGUGCUAUGCUUGCGCUGACCCUAAAACUUACAGAGAGCAUGUUCAAGCCUCUUUUUGUAAAGAGUAUUGAAUGGGCAGAAUCUGUAGUGGAUGAAACUGCAUCAGCAGGAAGCAUGGAUAGGGCCAUAUCUUUUUAUGGCAUGGUAAAUAAGCUUGCUGAGAACCAUCGGUCAUUGUUUGUUCCUUACUUCAAAUACCUACUUGGUAGUUGUGUUCAUCAUCUAGGCGACGGCAGAGACUCUAAUGUGUCUAGUCUGAGUCGGAAGAAAAAGAAGGCUAAGAUUAUGGAUGAUGGUGAUGUAAAAGAAACAAGUAGCUUAUCUAUCAAGGAGUGGCAUCUCAGGACACUAGUCCUAUCAUCCUUACACAAGUGUUUCCUCUAUGACACUGGGAGCUUGAAGUUUCUUGAGUCCUCAAAUUUCCAGAUGUUGUUAAAACCUAUUGUCUCUCAACUUGUCCUAGAUCCACCUGCAUUGCUAGAUGACAACAGCUUGAGUAUACCUAGCGUGAAGGAAUUUGAUGACCUACUUGUCGUGUGCAUCGGCCAAAUGGCUGUCACAGCUGGUUCUGACCUUUUGUGGAAACCUCUGAACCACGAGGUUUUGAUGCAGACACGUAGCGAGAAGACACAGACUAGAAUAUUGGGCCUGGGAAUUAUUAAACAUUUUGUAGUUAACUUGAAAGAAGAAUAUUUAGUAUUAUUAGCGGAAACAAUCCCGUUCCUUGGUGAACUUCUCGAGGAUGUGGAGCUUUCAGUUAAAUCUCUUGCUCAAGAAAUUCUACAGGAAAUGGAGUCUAUGAGUGGGGAGAGCCUUCGGCAAUACCUAUGA